AUGACUGAAUUUGAUGAAACACCAGAACCACCAAUAAAACCUCAAGAAAGAAAGAAAAACUACUUCGAAAAAUUUUUUUGUGUCGUCAGUUGUACCUUGAACAAGCCGGUGGAGAUACUUCACGAUACUUUUGUGACACCUGAUCGGAAAGAAUAUGCAUGGUAUCAUCAGAAGUUUCCACGCGUGCCUACAAUUGAUGAAUGCUACGAAGAUGAUCUAGUAUGUUUCUCGGAAGCUAAUUAUCAAUACAAGAGGGAUCGCCUUGUUGAUUCGGAAAUUAUUAGAAUUUUAAGGCAGCGUUUUGAAAACUGCGUCAUGUAUGAAACACCUCAGCACUUGGAAAGAUGUGACCAUCUUUUAAAAGAAUACGAAGAGGCUAGUACAAAUUGGUUCACAAAGUAUGGAGAUCUUGGUGGGUAUCACAAUGUUACUAAAUGUUAUAUGAAGCAGAAACAUCGAUUGCUUUGGGAAAGAAAAUAUGGGGAAGUCGGUACUGGAAUGAAUGAAAAGGUAGAAGAGGACAUUGAAGAUGAUGAAAAGAACCAGAAACAUGGGUGCUAG